AUGGUGUCCAGGUGCUCCGACUUGAACACCAGGGACACAGUCUCGCAUGACUCCAGGUGCCAUAGCAUACGAUUCUUGCGUAACCACUCGUUGGCCGUGUCUACCAGUGCGCUGAAUAUUCUAUUUGAAGUGGCUGAAAUAGUCAAUCUAGUUAUAGUGGCCAGUUAUAGUGGUUUGGAUGUUGGUCAAGGGUUAAAAAAAUUGAAUGGCAAUAUAUUCAGCCACCUAACUGCGCUUACUGAGUUGAGUUUGUGGGGAAACCACCUCACUUAUAUUGGCGAUAAUGCGUUCGCCAUGGACGAACUCACUAACUCGACCCUGCACAUUUCACUUCGCGACAAUCACAAUCUUACGCCAUCAAGUUUCGCGCGUAAUUCAUUGAUCGGGAUCAAUCGACCCACUACGAUCGAUUUGUCAAAUUCUCAGGCAAUUUCAAAAAUAACUUAUUUUCCCGAAGACGUGUUUUGGCCAUUUUUUGCGGCCAAUCCGUUAAAUGUGAUUGAUGCAUUUGAUAGCACCAAUUUCGAUUGUCAGGAUUGUAAAUCGUACUGGCUCAAACAGCGCGCGUUGUUCAAGCGGAUUCCUGAUUUAACAUGCUCGGACGGAAAGGCUAUCCAUGAUCCUGAUAAUUUUAAAAACUGUCAUACGGGAGGCUCUUACUCACAAAUGCCACUUGUCAUGUUCAUGGUAGUCUAUUAA